UUCUCCUCCAUCACGGUCUUUCGUUGAGUUCUGGGCCUCUUCUCCCAACGCUAGUGGCGAUUGCUCCUCUUCAGCUAGAAAAAUGACGAUGUUCAGGAACUUAAAACUUCUUCUCUGGAAGAAUUUCAUUUUAAAGAAACGAAAGACUCUGGUAACAGUCCUUGAAAUCUUGAUGCCGUUACUGUUCUGUGCAGUUAUACUAUAUCUUCGUUUUGGUAGUUUGCCAAGAAAGAGACCUCCUAUAGACUACAAUAUAACUGACAUCACUUCUCUGCCAGAAUUCUUCAAUCAAUUUCCUCUGAAAAGUAAAUUUCAAUUAGUUUAUAUCCCUUCCAAAAGUGAAACUUUGAAGAAUAUCACUGAAAUGGUGGAAGACUUCUUUCCUGUUGAGUUUGAAGUUCUAGGCUGCCCUUCAGUACCUUUGUUUGAAAAGUACAUAAUUCAAGAUCCCAAAGCUUUUUACGUAUUGACUGGGAUUGUUUUUGAUCAUAACUUCAAUGACAGCACGGAACCCUUGCCACUUGAGGUUAAGUACUACUUGCGCUUCAGUUUCUUUCAGAGGAAUUAUUUAUCCUUGAGUUUCAUCCUCCCUCAAGAUGACGUCCAGGGCUGGCUCACAUCCUUUCUUUAUCCUCCUAACCUAAGUCAUGAGCCCCGAGACUAUGGAGUUUCUGAAGGGGGAGCUCCAGGAUACUACCAAGAAGGCUUCCUGUCCAUACAGCAUGCGACAGAUAGAGCCAUCAUGUGGCACCACGCUCCCACUGAGACGACUGGGCUGUUUCAGAGCCUCAGUGUGCUUCUGAAGAGAUUCCCACACGGUGCCUAUGUCCGGGACAGCUUCUUCCUGGUCCUGCAGAAUGAGUUCCCUCUUUUCCUAAUGCUCAGCUUCAUCUGCAUUGAGCUCAUCACCAUCAAUUCCAUCGUACUGGAGAAGGAGAGGAAGCUGAAGGAGUAUAUGUGCAUGAUGGGGCUGCAAAACUGGCAACACUGGGUGGCUUGGUUCAUCGUGUUCUUUAUUUCUGCCUCCAUUGUUGUUUCUUUCAUGACCAUUCUCUUCUGCACAGAGUUUGAAGAAUCAGCAGUGUUCGGAAACAGUGACCCUAGUUUGAUAUUUGUGUUUCUAAUGUGUUUUGCAAUUGCCACAAUUUUCUUUGCAUUCAUGAUCAGCACUUUCUUCCAAAAAGCUCAUGUUGCCACUGCCUCAGGAGGCAUCAUCUUCUUCUUGACCUACCUCCCAUAUCUCUACCUCGCGUUCACAUACAGCCGAAGGAGCUCCUUCCAAAAGAUUGCCUUUUGCCUCCUCUCCAACGUUGCCAUGGCACUGGGAGUCCGAUUAAUCUCCACAUUUGAAAUAAGAGGCACAGGCAUCCAGUGGAGGAACUUGGGCAGUAUAGGAGGAGAGUUUAACUUCACUCAGGUGCUUCUGAUGCUGCUGCUAGAUUCUGUCUUGUACGGCUUAGUGGCCUGGUAUGUGGAGGCCCUCUUCCCAGGAGAGUAUGGUACACCCAAGCCCUGGUACUUCUUCCUCAUGCCCUCCUACUGGUGGGGAGAACCUACAUCCCUUAGGAAACCUGUACUAGACUUAGAGGAUCCUCAGCAAGCUCUGAGAAACAAGUUCAUUCAGGAUGAGCCUACCAAUUUGAUAAAAGGAAUUGAAAUCCAGCAUCUAUACAAGGUGUUCUACAAGGGAAAGGAUGAACAUAUGGCAGUCAAAGACCUGACCAUGAAUCUAUACCAGGGCCAGAUCACGGUUCUCCUAGGCCACAACGGAGCGGGCAAGACCACCACCUGCAGCAUUCUCACAG